AUUCGAGAGACGGUGCUAUAUCGAGAUCGACAAAUUUUCCUUUCACCUAUAUUUUAUAUGAACUUUUUAGUUAGAAUGAAUUAUCUCCUUUUUAAGAGAAAUAUAAUAAACAUUCGUAUAUAAAUAUUUCAUUAUUCUCUUAAAUAAUAACAAUAAUUGUUAUUACAAGAAAUAAACUGACUUUGUCCUUACAGAAACAUCUUGGUGAUGUCGACGUCAUUUUUAUUGAGAAUUAUAUUUUUUUAUAUGUUGACAUGUAAUUUCUUUCAUUUUGUAUUUUUAAUUCUUUUACAUAAAAUUUGUAAAAUAUAAUUUUUUAAUCAACCUUCAAAUUUAGAGCGCAUACAUUCUUGAUAUUGAUCGAUAUAGUAAUUAAAAAAAAAAAAAAUUGUAAACAAAUGAUUGUUUAAUUUAAAAGAGUUGACAGAUUUUUACUUUUUACUUUAUUUUUUAUUAAACAUUUUAUUUAAAGAUCUUUUUACAAGCAUUAAGGGGUAUUCAAAUAUACAUAAAAAUAUUGAAUAAACAGAAUUUUUUUAUUAUCGAUUAAUGUUAUCAUUGUGCAAAAUAAUUUUUUUUUAUGAAAACCCUUGUUAUAGUAAAAUAUAGAUGGUCCACUAUCAGUAUACACAAACAUGAGGGGUUGCCUUUAAUCUCGCUUCAGUUUUCGAAAUUGAGAACGAUGAGGUCGGUUGAACUUUUCUUGUUGCCUCCAUAUAGAAAUAGUUAAAUAAUCCAAUCAUUCGACUGCCUCAUUUUACGUAAAAGUCUUAUUCUAUGGAGUAAUUAACUUUGAUGAUUAGUAAGAGAGGUUAACGAUCGGUACGAAUAAAGGGUGAGAGUGUGAUUAAAAAUUAAUUAUAAUUAACUGAAUAUUCUGUUAUAAUAUAUAUCUCAAUUCUAUAUAUAACGUUAUAAAUUUAUUAAACAAUUACUUAUACGAAAUAACACAAUAAAGAUAGUUUGUAAAAAUUUCAUAGAUGAAUGUGAAUAUGGAGGCAGGAUAAAUAUAAUUUUUUUAUGAUAAUAUUAUGAGAAAUAUAUUAUAACGAUUGUAAACAGGAACAUAUGAUUUGUAAGGAAUUAGAUAUUCAUAUAUUCAUCUCUACAAACUGACUAUGAGUGGCAAAGAAAGUAACGAAACUAAGUGCGAGAGAAGCUCUAGAAGCAAACGACAGAAAAUGAAAGAACAAACUCAGGCUACCCAUAGCGAUGGAUCUGACAGCAAGUUAAAGAAAAGAAGUGCAUGUAGUAAGGAUAAAAGAAAAAAGUCAAGACAUAGAAGUAGUUCCAGUAGUUCCAGUUCUUCCAGUACUUCCAGCCAUGAUAUUAAAUUGCAAAAAACUAGGAAAAAGAAAAAAGAUGAUGAUCGUACAUUUAAAGAAUAUAAGAAUGGAAUUAUACCACAAAGAAUGGACAGGUCUGUAAACAAUUAUAAAGGUUCAAGAAAUUACAAUGUGCCCUCACAUAAUUUCAGGGAACGUGGUAACACAAGUAUAAGAGGAUCAUAUAAAUAUGGAAGAUUUUAUAAUAGAAAUAGAAGAAUACCGUAUAAUAAUUAUCAAUACUACAGACGCAAUAAUGAAGGAAGAAAUUAUUAUACACAUUAUAAUAAUAGAGUACCUAAUUACAAUAGAUCACGAAAUAAUCAAGAUCAAAAUAUUGAUUAUCACAGAAAUUCGAACAAGGAUGCAUCUAAUCAAUUUGUGAGAGAAAGUAAUUCUAGAGAUAGUAGUUCAAAACAGGAGAAAUGUUCAUUAAAAGUAGAUAAAAUACAGAAUAUAAAAACCAAUAUAGAUCCUUCACAUACAAAAACUAGAGAGAAAAGAAAAGCUGAUUGUUUGGAGGGAAAGCCUGAUCAUCGUACUCAAAAAAAGAGAAAAAAAAGAUCUUCCUCUUCUUCAAGUUCUUCCAGUACAAGUAGUACUAGCAGUGGUAGUAGCAGUAGUAGCAGUACCAGUAGUAGUAGUAGUAGCAGUAGCAGCAGCACUAGUAGUAGCAGCAGUUCUGAUUCUUCUGAAGAUGAAAGAAAACGUAAAAAACAGAAGAAGAAGGCUAAGAGAGUUAAAAAAAAUGUAAAAAAACAUAGAAAGAAGAGGAAGUUAAAAAAAAAUUCAAAGAAGAAGUUAAAAAAGUCAUCGGCUAUUGAGAGUAAAAAACGGACUUCAGAAAAAUCCAAGGAUACUGUUACAGAAAUUUCACCAGAAAUGUCAGAGAGAGCCAAACUAAUGGCUCCUAUUACAAAAGAAGAAUGGGAAAAAAAACAAAGUAUAAUACGUAGGGUAUAUGAUGAGGAAACAGGAAGAUAUAGACUAAUUAAAGGAGAUGGUGAGGUAAUAGAAGAGAUUGUUAGCCGAGAACGUCAUAAGGAAAUAAACAGACAAGCAACCAAAGGAGAUGGAGAUUACUUUCAAGCACGAUUAAAAGGAAACAUUUUGUGAAUUAUUUUUAUAUAUAAUAAAAGUUAUGCUUUUUAAAUAAU